AUGCGGUUUCCAGACUGUUUUUGCCACUGGGGUGGUGGACCAUGGAGGCCUGUCCUCCAAAGUGAUGACUCAGUUGAGAUAUUGUGGUUGCUUUCUGAGGAUGCCGAUGGUGCACUUCCUAAAGGGGAUCAUUUUUUCACCAGUUCAAUGUGGGAUUCUAGCUAUUUUGGGAAAGGGGACAAAUCUACAUUAUAUGUUCUUCUAGCAACUGGAGAAGCUGAUUUCUUGGAAGAAAAUUCCAAGCAAACUAUUUUGAUGUUUGAUGUAGCAAAAGAGGAGCAACAGGAAAAGAUUGAUGCAGCAUCAGAAAAAAGUGAGAACCUGUCUGUUCAAGUGAAAAUGGAGGAGCCUGGUGAUCUGCUACAUGAUGAUGUUAUUUCAAAGUUCAGUUGCAGUGAUGAUGAGGAUCAGGGUAGUUCACACUAUAAUGUUAGGAAUAUGAAAACAGAAACUGAAUUUCAAAGAGAUAUUGAAUCUGGAUUAGAAAGAACAUCGGAUAUAAAGACCAGUGUGAACAUCUGUUCUUGGAAUCAGUUUCCUGGUUAUGAUGUCAUAAAAGAUCACUUUACAGAAGACAUAAAAUUUUCAAACAACAACAUUUGUGGAGAUACAAAGUUAAGUGGAAAUAACGUAAUAGAAUCUAAUAUACAAUUAGAGCGUGAUGAUAAACUAUACAAUUGUGGAAAAACAUUUGAUAUCUUAAAACAACAAAAGAGAAUACACUCUGGAGAGAAACUUUAUCAUCGUACUAUGUGUGGAAAACAGCUUGGUACAAAUAAUGAAUUACAAAUAAACACUGGAGAGAAACCUUACAAUUGUACAGUUUGUGAAAAGCUGUUUGGAACAAAUAUUAAAUUAAAAAUAUCUCAAAUAACACAGACUGGUAAGAAACCUUACAGUUGUGUAGUGUGUGCUAAACAAUUUAUAUUUAAAUGUAAAUUAAAACAACAUCUGAUAACACACACUGGUAAGAAACCUUACAGUUGUGUAGUGUGUGCUAAACAAUUUAUAUUUAGGUGUAAAUUAAAACAUCAUCAAAUAACACACACUGGUAAGAAACCUUACAGUUGUGUAGUGUGUGCUAAACAAUUUAUAUUUAAAUGUAAGUUAAAAGAACAUCAAAGAAUACACACUGGGGAGAAACCAUACAGUUGUACAGUGUGUGGAAAACACUUUGGCAAAAAUAGUGUCUUAAAAGCACAUCAAAGAAUACACACUGGGGAGAAACCAUACAGUUGUACAGUAUGUGGAAAACCAUUUUUAACAAAUGGUAAAUUAAAAAGACAUAUAAGAGUACACACUCGGGUCAAACAUUACAGUUGUACAGUGUGUGAAAAACAGUUAGAAACAAAUGAUGAAUUGAAGAUACAUCGAAGAAUACACACUGAAGAGAAACCUUACAGUUGUACAGUGUGUGGAAAACAGUUAGGAACAAAGGGUCAAUUAAAGAUACAUCAAAGAAUACAUACUGGAGAGAAACCUUACAGUUGUACAAUGUGUGGAAAACGGUUUAGUACAAAUAGUAUCUUAAAAACACAUCAAAGAAUACACACUGGGGAGAAACCUUACAGUUGUGCAGAAUGUGAAAAGCAGUUUGGAACAAAUUAUAAAUUAAAAAGACAUCAAAGAACACACACUGGGGAGAAACCUUACAGUUGUACAGUGUGUGGAAAACAGUUUGGUACAAAUAGUACUUUAAAAAAGCAUCAAAGAAGACACACAGGAGAGAGACCUUACAGUUGUACAGAUUGUGGAAAAGAGUUUGGAACAAAUGAGUGUUUAAAAAAACAUCAAAGAAGACACACUGGGGAGAAACCAUAUAGUUGCACAGAUUGUGGAAAACCAUUUUUAACAAAUGGGGAAUUAAAAAGACAUAAAAGAGUACACACUACAUAGAAACCUUAGUAACUAUAGCUUAAAAACACCUCUGAGAAUACACACUGGGAAGAAAAGUUACAUUUGUAUAAGCUCCCCCCUAUACCUCAGCAGUAAUUCUGUGGCCUUACAAUGCUAAAAAUUGGAUUUUGAUACCAGUGGCUGAUACAGCACAGAUAGUUCAUUGUGUGUAUCUUUGUAACUUACCAUAUAACAUUAAAGGACAACAGGGGAACAUUUGGUCCAUAUGAGCAAUCUAUUCACUAAAUUAAAUUACUAAACCCUCAAAAAUAGAAAAAAAAAAUCUUAAAGCCAGUUCUUUUCAUUAGAAUAUUUAUCAAGUUUCUCUUAAACCCCCUUAAAUUAACAGCAUCCACCAUAUUUGAAGACAACCUGUUUCAUAGUUCAGCCAACCUUUUAGAAAAAUCCAAGCUGUUUUAGCUUAAGAUGACUUUGCUUGAAUUUAUAUUUCUGUCUCCAAGUCUAAGCAUUAUCUUCAUCAAAUAUGAAAAGUGAUGAUGCUUCAACUUUUCUCUUAACAAUCUUGUAAACCUGAAUCAGAUCUAUAUUUUUCUUUUUUCAAGCGAAAACAAGUUCCAGGCAUCAUCCUAGUAUUUCUCCUCUAAUCCUUUUCGAACAAUUCAAUAUCCUUUCUGAGGAAUUACAAAUACAUCAAAGAACACACACCAGGACAAACCUUUACAGUUAUAUAGUUUCUAGAAAACAACAAGGAUCAAACAAUUGAGUAAAAAGACAUAAAAAAACAUACUUACAGCUGUCUUGUUGUAGCAAAACG